AUGAUGGAUUAUGGCGGCCACCAAUACCACCAGCAACAGCAACCGCACCCUCACCCGCAGUCCCAGCAAAAUGCCCAUCUACAGCAACACCACGUGCAGUCGCCGGCCAUUGGUGCUGCUGCCGCGCGGCAGUCGGCAAAUGCCAAUGCUAACGCUAACGCCAAUGCCAACGCAUUUGCCAGCAACAGCUCCCUGUAUCGCUCCCAGUCGCAGGCCGACAUGACGGGGCUUUCCCCGAGCGUGCGCAACAUGACCACCUCGUCGCAGUCGCUGCUGGGCUUGCCAGCAGGAACGAGCUAUGGCUCGUUCUCGGGCCAAUUCCAGCCCACUAGUACGUCAAAUCUGCUGUCCAGGAGUUCAGACUCGCUCGGGCAGCUGAGGAGCUCGUAUGACUCUUUGCAGGGAGUCCAGAGGAAUAUGAAUCCAGUGACGAAUUACCGGCAUACUUCACUGAACUCGCAAACGCUGUCACCGCAUGCGCAGGGGCUGAGUACAUCUCCACAGCAGUCGUUGGAUCGGAUGCAGCAGCUUCAGAGGCAAUCGCCACAUACGCAGUCGACUUCCGCUCCGUCUAAUGCCUCGCCGAUGCUCUCGCAUUCCCAGAACCAGCAAUAUACGCAGUAUCAGCAAUCUUCGCCGUAUCAGACACAGUCGGCUCAAUAUCAGCAGCCAGUGUCUCAAUAUCAGCAACCCCAAAAGACGCAACCAACUCAGUACCAACAGCCGCAGCAAUAUCGACAGCCGCAGCAGGCUCAGUAUACGCCGCAGACGCAGAGCUCUCCUUACCUGCCUCAGACGCAGUACCCUCAGUAUCCUUCGUCACAGCAGCCGCCAUAUCAGCAGCUACAGAACUACCAACAGCAGCAGAAGUCGGCCCAAGUACCACAAUCGAGCCAGCAGAGCUAUCCGCAGCAAACGCAAAUACCGCAGACAAGCCAACAAAACUAUCAACAAGCGUCGGCUCAGCGAGCACCGCAGACGAGCCCGGUACAGCAGGGAUAUCAGCAGAACUCGACGUCGGCCCAGCAAGCGCCACAGCUGAGUCAACAGAGUUAUGCACCACAAGCCCAGAAGUCAGCGCAAGGACCGCAGGCGAGCCCGGUGAAACAGAGUUACCAGCAGCCGGGCCAGAAACCGUCACACGCAGGCCAACAGAGCUAUCAGCAUACAGCGCAAAGUUCAGCUCAGCAACUUCCACAGUCGAGCCAACAGAGCUUUCUGCUUAGUUCCGCCCAGGUACCACAGUCGAGUCAACAGAAGGGUUAUCAGCAAGCGUCUACUCAGCAAGUACCGCAGUCUAGUCAGCCGAGUUAUCCUCAGCAAGUAAAUAAACCAGCGCAGCUACCACAGUUGAGCCAGCAACAGAGUUACCUGCCGGGACCGACUCAAGUGUCCCAAUCAAGCCAGCAAAAAAGUUAUCAGCAAGCAGGUCAGCAAGGACUGCAAUCGAGCCAACAGAGCUAUCCACAGCAGGCGCAGACAUCUGCCCAAGCGCAGUCGAGCCCGCAUGUACAACAGUAUCAGCAACAUGCGCAGAAAUCCCAUCAUGUACUACAUCCUCAGGCGCAGCAAGUGCAGCAAAAUCAGAAAGCCGCUCGACCUUCUCAACCAUCUCAGGCUCAGGCUAAGCCUUCACCAUUGCAGUCGCAGCAAGCUCAGCAAGUGCAGGUUCAAGCUAACCACACUUCUGCAUCAAAUGCCCACCCAGCGCAAGCAAAUCCUCAGCCUCAACGGGCGUCUCAACAGGUCCAGGCUCAGCAACCAGCUCAAUCUCAAAAGACGUCUCAGCAGGCGCAGAAUCAGCAAACCCUGCCAAACCAGGCUUACCAGCAAUUCUAUUCUCAGCAUGCGCAACAAGCUCAGCGUUCACCGUACCAGACUCAUAUGCAGAAUCCUCAGUAUCCGUAUACAUACCAGCCUCAGUUUGCUCAACAGUACAUGCAAUCGCCACAAUUACGGACUUCGCAGGCAACCCAGCAGCAGUACCAGUCACAGCAGUCCCAAACCUCUCAAUCUCAGUCUCCGCAGCAAUCAGUCAUGCAGAAACAGCCAACAACCCAAUUGCAGCAGGAGCAGCAACCGCGGUCACAAGCACAAGCGCAACCUCAGAAACCGCCUGCACAGACCAAUCAAUUAGCUUCAAAACCUCCCGCUAAAGAGCCAAAGAAGAAGAAAGCUAGCAAGAAGGAGGCCAAGCAGAAGCCUGCUGCGUCUCAAGCUGUAUCUCAGACUGCGUCCCAACCUGCACCGCAAGCCAGGGCAUCUCAAACUGCUGCGUCACAGGCGCCGCCACAGGCCAAGGGCUCUCAAGUCACCGCGCAGUCCUCAGCCUCUCAGCCGUACGCCUCCCAGACUUAUGGUUCCCAAGCGCCGGCCUAUCAAUUCCACGCCCAAGCAUCCCAACCAUACGCACCACAAGCACACACUCAGCAAAAUACUUUUCAAACUACUACCUCCCAAGCACAUGCUGCCCCAACAAACUCUUUCCAAACUAACACGUCUCAAUCACAUGGCCAAGCUCAUUCUUUCCAAGUUCCCGUUUCACAACCGCAUGCCUCCCAGAUGAACACCUUUCAGGCCACGCCUCAAGCAAAUUCCCUGGGAGCUCAAGGCUCCCAACCUACGCAAAUCCCUUCUCAGCCGUCAACCCAACCGAAAGUUGAAUCGUUGUCUCAACAAUCUCAACCGUCUCAGCAAGUCCAGCCUACAACCAACGGGAAUGGACAGGCUUCGGGUACAUUUAUCACAGAAAACCCAACGCAGAAGAAGACCAAACCUGGAGACCCCAAUCACACUCCCAGAAAGCGAGGCCGUCCGCGGAAGCAACCCGGCGAAGCAACAAAGCCGCGGAAACCGAAGAGACCCAGAAAUCCGGAUGGCACUGUUGACUUAUCUGCAGCAUUGCCUCCAAAUCUAGCUGCCAUCCCGGGGGUGGGUAUUCCGUUUUCCAUAGCUCCGAAUCCGCCGCCUGCUCCUCCAGCUUCUACGGCGUCCAGCGCACCGCCGGCGCCUGUAAUCGGACUGGAUGGUAAUCCGAUUCCGCAGAAGCGCAAGCGUGGACGGCCUCGUAAGUCUGAGGCGGACGGGACGCCUCGUAAACCACGGCCACCGCGGGAUCCAAACCGGCCGAAAGGGACUGGGCGGCCUCGUGGGCGACCCCGGAAGGUGGACGUGCUGGCAAGGAAGAAACUAGAAGAGGAGCAAGCAGCAGCCGCCGCCGCCGCCGCUCAUGCUGCGGAUCAAAAUAGUCAGCCUGGAGCCGGCCAACCUGCAGCCACUCAAGCGCCACCCAGUCAAGCACAACAUGGCCACAUGCAAGCUGGGCACGUCCAAGUCAAAGUCAAUCAAACUAGUCAGGGACAGCCAAGCAAAGGACAAGGACAAAUCCACCAGUGGCAGGUCAAUCAGGCCAACCAGAGCCACGUCAGCCAAGCACAAGCCAACCAAGCGCCAACGAAUCGCGCACAAGUCACCCAUCAAACUAGUCAAGGGCAGGCCACACAAGGGCAGGCCCAAUGGCAGAUUAGUCAAGGGAAAUCUGGCUCGGGGCGAGAGCAAGUCGGUCAAGGACAAUUUGGACAAUCUGUGCAGGCACCGUCUGGACAGACCAAUCAGUAUGCGCAAGGGACUCACCCGGGACAUGCACACCCUUCGCAUGGCCAUCCAUCGCAAGCGCCCGUUCAGCCUCAGUCUCAAAAUCAGGCUGCCAGACCUCAAGGCCAGCAGCAAAUGCAGCCCCAGCAGCACGCUCGGCACACUCACGCGCAGCAAGCGCAGCCAAUGCAGAAUCAGUUGCGGGGGAGCCCCAUGCAAAGCAUGCAAGCUAGCCCGAUGCAAUCCAUGCAGGCGAGUCCGCUGCAGAACCAGAUAGGCCAGAGACAACCUGUGCAGCGGCCUCCUGUGCAGACAUCGAGUCAACGACCUCAGUCGCACUUGCAAGCUCAGGUGAACGCCAAACCGCAGAUGCAGGUCCAGCCACAAAAAGCGCAGCCUCAGAUGCAGAACCACAUGCAGGCCAAACCCGUUGUGCACGCUCAGACGACCAAGACUCAGGGGCAGACCCAGCAGGUACAGCAGGCACAGCAAGCCCAGGUUCAACAAGCGCCAGCCCAGGGUCAGCCGCAGAAGGCUCAGGUUCAGCAGCUGGCUCAGCCAUUGCAGAUGCAGCGACAGGCGCCGUCGCCGAUGCAGACACCGGCGCAGCGGCCCCAUCAACCGCACCUCUUGGGGCAUGGCCAGUCGCAGUUGCAUCACGCGCAGGCACAGCAGGGGCAGAUCCAGGGGCAAGCCCAGACUCGGUCUCCGACUUCGCAAGCUCAGGCGCAGACGCACAAUCUCGGCAAGGCACACCCUCACGCUCAACCAACUCAACAAGCUCAUUCAUCGUAUCCCACUCACUCUACCCACUCCUCUCACUCUACCCACUCCUCUCACUCCGCCCAAUCCGCCCAAUCCGCAUCGUACCCGCACUCGCACCCGUACCAACCACAAUUCCAGGAGCAGAUACCGCAGCUGCACAUGCACUCGCAGCUCCACCACCUCAACCAGCAACAUCCUGUCUACUCACAAUUCUCGCAAAGACAACAGCAGCCAUCGAUGACGCUCAACCCGCAGACCGGGCAGAAGCGGCCGUCCUCGGUGCUGGACGACGAUCCCCGGAAACGCGCGUAUAUCAUGCCACAUCAGCUCUAG